AUGGAGGGCUCUGGGGAGACCCCGCUGGAGUCCAGUGCCUCCAUUCCCGGGCCCGAAGAGCCUGCUAGAGUCCCCGAGGUGCCGCUCCCCGAGGUGCCAGAGGGCUGCACCCGAUCCCCGGAGGCCACCACGAAGAAACUCUGUGGCUAUUUGAGUAAGUUUGGCGGCAAAGGACCCAUCCGGGGCUGGAAAUCCCGAUGGUUCUUCUACGACGAGAGGAAAUGCCACCUGUACUAUUCGCGGACCGCGCAGGAUGCCAACCCCUUGGACAGUAUCGAUCUCUCCAGUGCUGUCUUCGACUGCAAGACCGACGCCGAAGAGGGGACUUUUGAAAUCAAGACUCCCACCCGAGUUAUUACUCUCAAGGCUGCCACCAAGCAAGUGAUGCUGUACUGGCUGCAGCAGCUGCAGAUGAAGCGCUGGGAGUUCUACAACAGCCCGCCUGCGCCUCCCGCUGCCCCUGCCGCCACCCUGGCUGGGAAUGGGACUGCUCUGCGCCUCGAGCUAGAGCCAGAGAAUGCUGAUUUGGAGGAGUUCCUGAGCCCAGUGGAAACGCCUACAGGACUGGUGGGCAUGGCAGCUGCUUUACAACCUGUCCCAGCCAAACCUUCGGCCCUGCAGAAUAUUUCCCUCAAGCACCUAGGAACUGAAAUACAAAACACCAUGUUUAACAUCCGUUCCAACAAGCAAGCCCAAGGAUCAAGCCCUGUACCUUCAGAAGAAGAUUCAUCACAGAACGGGGAGCCUCAGAAGGAGGAAUCACCCCUGCUCCCUGAUUCCAACCCCCCAGGGAAAGAGCCAACAGACUCUCCAAAGCACACGCCCAAGUCUUCUCUAACGACCAACCUCAUUCAGAAAGCCAAACGCCAGAAUAACACCUUCCCACGCUUUCCCGAAGGGCUUACGCGCCCCAGAACCUCCCAGGAGAAGGUGGAGGCCUUGCAGCAUCAGGUGCUGGUGCUGACUGAAGAGUUAAAGUCUCAGAAGGAGCUGGUGAAGAUUCUGCACAAGACACUGGAGGCUGCCCAGCAAGAGAAGAGGGCCUCCAGCGCCUACCUGAUGGCGGCUGGGGACAAGGACCGGCUGGAGCUGGUGCGGCACAAGGUGCGGCAGAUCGCGGAGCUGAGCAGCCGUGUGAAGGCCCUGGAGCAGGAGCGCGAGAGCCUGGCGCAGACGGCGAGCCUGCGGGAGCAGCAGACGCAGGAGCUGCGGCAGCACAUGCAGGAGCUGCAGCAGCAGGUGAAGCUGCUCCUGGACAAGAACCAGGCCAAGCAGCAGGUCAUCUGCAAGCUGUCCGAGGAGGUCACCCGGGACUUCAUGAACCCUCCCAGCCAGCCCCCUGCACCCUCAGAUGCAGCCGACAGGGACGUGCUGAGCCAGCAGGAGAAGAUGGAGCACCUAAAGGAUGACAUGGAAGCUUACCGGACCCAGAACCGCUUCCUCAACUCUGAGAUCCAUCAGGUCACAAAGAUCUGGAGAACGGUGGCUGAGAAGGAGAAGGUCCUACUGACGAAGUGUGCCUACCUCCAAGCCAAGAACUGCCAGCUGGAGAGCAAGUACCUGACAGGGCUGCGGAGGCUGCAGGAGGCCAUGGGGAACGAGGCCAGCAAGGGCUCGGAGCUGCUAGGGCAGCUCAUCCAGGAGGCACUGCAGUGGGAGGCCAGUGAGGCCGUGGCUGACAGCGUGGGGCUGAGCCCCAUCAGUGAGUAUGAUGAGUACGGCUUCCUGGCGGUGCCUGACUAUGAGGUAGAAGACCUGAAGCUGCUGGCCAAGAUCCAGGUGCUGGAGGUCCGCUCCCAUCACCUGCUGGCUCACGAGGAGCAGCUGCUGCGCGAGCGCUGGGCUGCCCUGGGGGAGCUCACCCCCUCCGCUGAGCUCAAGCAGCUCCUGCGGGCAGGUGUGCCCCCAGAGCACCGGCCACGGGUCUGGAGGUGGCUUGUCCAUCUCCGCGUGCAGCACCUGCAGGUCCCUGGCCACUAUCAGAAGCUGCUGAGCCAGAGCCAGGCCUGUGAGCACCUUGCUGCCCGCCAGAUCGAGCUGGACCUGAACCGUACCUUCCCCAACAACAAGCACUUCACCUGUCCCACCUCCAACUUCCCCGACAAGCUCCGCCGGGUGCUGCUGGCCUUCUCUUGGCAGAACCCCACCAUCGGCUACUGCCAGGGACUGAACAGGCUGGCGGCCAUUGCUCUGUUGGUCCUGGACGAGGAGGAGAGCGCCUUCUGGUGCCUGGUGGCCAUUGUGGAGACCAUCAUGCCAGCUGACUACUACAGCAAGACACUGACGGCGUCCCAGGUGGACCAGCGGGUACUCCAGGACCUCCUCUCAGAGAAGCUGCCCCGGCUGAUGGCCCACCUCGGGCAGCAUCACGUGGACCUCUCCCUCAUCACCUUCAACUGGUUCCUUGUGAUCUUCGUGGACAGCCUCAUCAGUGACAUCUUCCUACGGGUCUGGGAUGCCCUCCUGUAUGAGGGAACCAAGGUGGUGUUCCGCUACGCCCUGGCCAUCUUCAAGUACAAGGAGGAGGAGAUCCUGAGGCUGCAGGACAGCCUGGAGAUCUACCAGUACCUGCGCCUCUUCACCAAGACCAUUUGCAACAGCCGGAAGCUGACGAACAUCGCCUUCAAUGACAUGAACCCCUUCCGGAUGAAGCAGCUGCAACAGCUACGCACAGCCCACCGAGAGCGGCUGGAGGCUGAGCUCCAGAAGCUGGAGCGACUCAAAGCCGAGUACUUGAAGAACCAGGCCUCCAGGGACCGAGCAGCACCCAAGAGCUGCAUGAGUGAGGAUGAAGGCGAGGGGGACGCAGAGGCCUGA